AUGAGAAAACUCUCUCUACUGUCCAUUCCUGGGCGAAGUGUAUUCAGAGUUGGUAUUUCUCCUAGUAUUUUAUCGAGACAGAAACCACUAUUAUUUUAUAGGCGAAGUACAGUAGGUCAUUACUCUACGAAAGGCAAGGAUGAUAACCAUGAAGAAAUUGGUUUAUCUCCAAACUCUACUUCCACUCCUCUAGAGACACCUUGGUACCUCAGAAUUGUUGACAAAGAAAAAGAAUCAAUGGAUGGUAAGAAAGAAUACGGAAAUCCGACCGAAAAGACAGUUGAGGUACCCUCAGCCUCUCCAAACUCAUUAACACAGAUAAUAGAUUUCUUAACCGGUGAACUAGGUCUAGAUAACUUCCUGGUUUUCGAUUUACGGAACAACGGAUUAAAUUCUGUUUCAGCAGUUAAUAAGCUGGGCGACUUCAUGAUCAUAUGCACAGCAAGAUCUACCAAACAUUGCCAUAAAUGUUUUCUAGAAUUGAACAAGUUUUUAAAGCUCGAAUUCUGCAGUAGUGCAUAUGUAGAAGGAAAUUUCAAUGAGCGACAAGAGAGCAGGAGAAAAAGAAGGCUAGCAAGGAAAUCUAACCUUAGUAAGCUCUUGGGUAGAAGCUCUGAGGGCUCUCAGAAAGACCUAGACAGUGAGGCGUGGUAUAUGAUCGAUUGUCAUGUUGAUGGUAUCUUUGUUAAUAUUCUAACACAAAAAAGGCGUCAUGAACUAAAUUUAGAAGAGUUAUAUGCACCUGAAAACGAGAAGUUGAAGUUUAAAAAAAAAGAGCCAGACAAUAUUUUGACUACUUCAAGGAUGGAGGAAAUUUCGGGAGAUAAUAAUAUUCUUUUAGGUCUAAGAAGACUAGCCCAACAAAAAAGGAGGUAUUCAACUAGCAGUGCAAGCGAAUUAAAAAACUUGAGUCUAUUUCUGCAGAAACAAAAUUUCAAGGAGGCUAGUAUGAUAAUUCACAGUAAUCUUUUUAGUGAAGACCACAAUAUACGUGCUUUACAGCUCAUUAAGGAUAAUUUGGAGGAUAUUAUAAGGCAGGGGAAAGAAGUAGAUGUUGCUCAAUGGAAAGCCUUAUUUGAUAAACAUUCAACUUUGUCGACUGUAAGAAAAUCGGCCGAAUAUUGGCCACUACGACUAAAAUAUGCCAUACUCAUGAACAAAGCAAAUUCACAAUUUUAUUCAGACCGUGUAUUUCUCAGGGAUUAUCUACUUCUGAAAAAAUCAUUAGGACAAGAAUUAACUAGAGAAGAUCUUAUUGCUCUCUUAAGAAUAGUUUCAAAAACACAGCACUCUAACAAUUCAUAUUUCAAUUUGGUGAAGCAGAACAGGGUCGUAAUCAAAGCGUUGAACUUAUUCAAAAACAUACAAUCAGAAAAUAAUCGUACGGUUGUUCACGAUGAAAAAGUAAUGUCUCUUAUUUUAGAUUGCAUGGUAGCGGAUGAACGGACGAAAUUAAGAUCUCUAUAUGAAGUGAUAGAUCACAUUUGUCAAACUUUUGGAGAUAAACUAAGUUCUAGUAUGAUCAUUUCAGUCUUACAGAUCUUAGCUAAAGUUAAGGACUGGACCAAGCUGCUUCAAGUUUGGGAAAAUAUAACACCAGUAGCGGGAGACAAUCGGGAUACCAGGCCAUGGAAUGAAUUUUUAAAUGUUCUUAAUCAAAGCGGUGAUAGUCACGUUAUAUCAAGAGUCGUAAAUAAUGGCCAUUUGCUGUGGAUAAGACGUCUCAAUGUUGACUUAACACCGGAAUUACGUAACUCCAUUAAGAAGUUACUACAGACCGCUGGAAUGGAGAAUACUCCUUUGGAAGAGUUCUUAAUACAUGGAGCCAACCGCCAAUGA